AUGGCGGUCGUUGUGUCUGCUCAGGUUGUCGACGACUUUCUUCUACUCGGCUCGCUGACGCUCGACGAGCAGGAGACGGCAGCAUGUGUGGCGGUGCUGGUGGCGCUGAGGGGUUUUCCGUCGUCGCUGGUGAGAAUCCGCCUGGAGAGCGAGAGGAGCGUGCGGCGGGCGCGUGCCAGCCUCGUGGCAGAGCCGCCUCACCAGCUGGCCUACAACAUACAGGCGGAAGCAGCUACACUGCUGCCUUUGAUCGCUGACACCGCCCUCCUCCGCCACUUCACGGAGCGACACGAGUCAUCCCGCUCCCGCGCCGCCAUGCUCUGCACAUCGCUGCCGGAGCCGCCCGGCCUACCUUUGGAGCAGCACCACACGAGCCAGUGCCUUCAGGCCCUCGCCCAGGCCAUCCGCGUAUUCCUUGAUAACACAGCCAUGCUGUUAUGCAAGCUGGAGAGUCAGUGUGAGAGCCACGGGAUGAGGUUGCUGGAGCUCAAGCGGUGCAUUCAGCCCGUAGCGGACGGAGUGAGGGUUCUUGAGCCCAUCGUGAGAGGGGUGGACGAUGAAGGAUGGGGAUCCACAGAGGUUCUUGACAUGCUGCAUGCAGCGUCCACACGACCAGAUGUGAGGGAGGCGGAGGGUCUCAUUCGUUUUGUGCUGCAAGCUACAUGCGCCCCCUACCUUCACCUCCUCUCCUCGUGGAUGCAGGAAGGCAGGCUGGACGACGACAUUCACAGCGAGUUAUUCAUUUCCGCAUGCACCACUGCUGCUACAGCCACUACAGCCGCUACAGCCGCUACAGCUGCACACUCACCUGCUGAUGCACAAACCACCCCAUCUGCUCAUGGUCGCAGCAUAUUCACCACAGCCACCAGUGACAGUGAUGGUUUGCGGUUGAUGGGGCAUGGUGGCGUGUGGGAAAGGGAGGGCGAAGGAGGGGAGGCCACGGGGCAAGGGGAUUGGCGGAGUGCAGAGGGGUGGGAAGGGGUGGAAGGGCAGCGGUUUGUGGUGCGGUGCGAUGCGGUGCCAGUGCUGUUCCAGUCGGUGGCUGACGAUGUGCUGGCCACAGGGCAGCUAGUGCAUGCGCUGAGAGAACAUGGUGCAGAGACUCAUGAUGAGCUGGCCACGGGGCCGCUGGUGCAUGCGCUGAGGGAGCACGGGUACUUGAAGCAGAAUCACAAUGUGCUGGCCGCGGGGCAGCUGGUGCAUGCGCUGCAGGGAGUAUGGUGGGUGGGUGGGUGCAUGGUGCGCAUGCACGGUGUAUGCAGUGUAAUGAGAUCGACCCUUUUCCACAUCCUCGCUCUGGUUCACAUGUUAAAAACGACCUCCCUCUGUGAAGCCUUUUCUUGGGACAGCACUCCCUCUCCCUUCUCCUCUCCUCCCACCUUCACACCGCAGCUGAUCCCAUCAGAGGGAGAGGCACAACAGCCACAGAUGCAGCUGGGCAGUCUAGAGGAGAGCGAUUUUGAUUCGACUCAAGAGUCUUCCUCCUUACCCCCUCACACUGCAGCUGAUCGCAUCAGAGGGAGAGGCGGAACAGCCACAGAUGCAGCUGGGCAGUCUAGAGGAGAGUGUGGGUGCGCGCACGCAGGCAGUGCAGCAGACGAUGCUAGACCUUACAUUGAACAAGGUGGGGUACUUCCAUGCAAUGUCAUGGGUACUAGUGCUGCUACAGGCAGGGUACUGUGA